AUGGCAGAAUUACUUGCCGCCCGCGCUGCUGCUUUCGCCCACCGCAUUGCUGCGGUAUCUAGUAUCGAUGGAUUAUACAAUCUUAUGGGUAUCCCCGUCUUGGAUGCCGAGAAGGGCCUGGCUCGAUACUCGGGAGUCCAGGACUUUGCUGCAGCAGAGAAAGUCUUCACGGACCCGGGUGUCCCAACGACAGCUCGCUGGCCCCUGUCUCAUGGUUUAUGGGCUUUCAAAGUUCGAACCGCGGCAGAGUACCUGGACAAUGCUUCAUAUUUCAGCUUGAAAGGUAUAGGCGACAAAAUUUAG